AGCGAAAAGAAAAUGUAUGAACACGUGCACACGCUGUUGCUGUUUGUUGGUUACUCUCGCAGUAGGCACAGCUUAGUUUCCUCAUUACUUGACGCUCAUCCUCAUAUGAUAGUUGCAGAUGAAUCGUAUGCAUUGAGAAAAUGGGUUUAUAAUUCAGCAUGGAAAACGGAAAAAUCAAAGUACGAAUUCUUCGACACAAUGAUGGGAAAUUCCGCGCGGUCUGUGAAAAGAGGUCGAAGGUCUCGCCAAGCAAACGGAAGCGCGGCAAAUUUAAAAAUCUUCGGUUACAGUGUUCCAGGUCAAUGGCAGGGAACAUAUGAUCGAUACAUACAGAAUGAAAAGCGUUUGUUGGUACCAUGGUUCGGCCAAAGGGUCGAAGACCAAUUCGUUAUCUCAGUUCGUUUUACAAACAAACUACAGGUGAUUGGAGACAAGACAGCUUGGGACUCUGCAGUAAUGCUUCGUCUGCAUGGAACACAAGCCAUUUAUGAAAUGAAAAACAAACUUGGUGUAAACAUUAAGUUUAUUCAUGUUGUUAGAAACCCAUUUGACAACAUAGCCACAUUUGUUCUUCGACACAAGCACAUCCAAGCUAGGACCGCUGACUUAAAUAUCAAGAUCAAUGCCAGUGAAAUUUUAGACGAGAAGAUACAACUUUAUAACAACUGGGCAGAAGGAACCUUUGUCGCCCACAAAUCUUUUCCGGAAGACUUCCUGAGUGUUGUUAGUAUGGAUGUCGUAAAAAAGCCAACGGAAUCACUUAGGAAAAUGUGCCAUUUCCUUCAAGUCACCUGUUCAGACAGAUUCAUUCAGGACUGCGCAGCCAUAGUGGACCCAGUCCCCUCGAUUACCCGUCACCGCAUUAUAUGGACGGAGAAGCAGAUAAACAACGUUUAUGCCGUAAUAAGGGCGUUCCCGGCAUUCUUUGAGGGAUUUACGUUUGAAGACGUAUGACAUACAUCUUGGAAAUAAUAGGCUGAUAUAUAGUUAAAGAAGGUAUGUUUCUGAAGAAACUGUGGUGCUGCGUCGGUAGGGCGUAUUUAAAGGUAAAUUU